ACAACAUAUUCAACAAUAAGUUGGUUAGAAAGGCUUAGAGAGUAUAACAGUUUUGUAAACAUGGCCAAUCCUAAUUGGCCAUCUCUACUUAUGUUGGUCUUGGCUUUGUUUACCAUUGUUGUUCAUUCAAGUGCACAAUAUUCUCCUCCACCACCACCACCAUAUGCUUAUAGUUCUCCAUGGCUUCCACCAUAUGUUUACAAGUCUCCUCCACUACCUCCAUACGUAUAUAGCUCUCCACCGCCUCCUCCAUAUGUUUACAACUCGCCACCACCUCCUCCUUACGUCUACAGCUCUCCACCGCCUCCUCCCUAUGUUUACAAGUCUCCUCCACCACCUCCAUACGUAUAUCCCUCUCCACCGCCUCCUCCCUAUGUUUACAAGUCUCCUCCACCACCUCCAUACGUAUAUCCCUCUCCACCGCCUCCUCCCUAUGUUUACAAGUCUCCUCCACCACCUCCAUACGUAUAUCCCUCUCCACCGCCUCCUCCCUAUGUUUACAAGUCUCCUCCACCACCUCCAUACGUAUAUCCCUCUCCACCGCCUCCUCCCUAUGUUUACAAGUCUCCUCCACCACCUCCAUACGUAUAUCCCUCUCCACCGCCUCCUCCCUAUGUUUACAAGUCUCCUCCACCACCU